AUGUGGGUCAACAUUAAUGAAAGCUUCGCCUCGGAUAUUUACCAGCUGUAUGCCUUGGUACUGCAGGUCAUCGAUGGAAGGAGCAUAUUUUAUUACAAUCCAAGUAAGCUGGAAUGCAGCUGGCAAUCGUUUCAGCAACACAACUUAACCACCCAGCCGCAGUGGGUGUGGCGCAGUCAAAUGCCAUAUGCCCUACUGAAAGAGCAACAAGCCAGUGAGUUGUUUGUUUUAGCCUGCUUGACUGACCGCUUCAAUAUGAAUGAGCUGGCUGGAUUAACAGCUAGUCUGAAUCAUUUGCGGGAUGCACCUGUGCUUAUAGAACUGAUAAAUAGCAGCCUCCUGCCUAGCUCAAGCAAGGACUCGCUGGCUACUCAAAUCCUUUCGCAUUGCCUGCAGAGCUACAUGCUAAAUGUGGCGCUGUACUUUCAGGACUGGACAAGGCCUGUAAUUCUUUACAACUUUUUGGCAUUUCCUAACUUCUCGCUGAUCAAGAAUCGCCUUACUAGUUCAAGCUUAGCUAAACAAGGAGGUCAACUGUUUCCUAACCAGUUAAACAAUCUUAACGGCUAUACACUGCGCGUCAUGCCCGAUUUUUCUGAGCCAAAUACGGUUCUCUAUCGCGAUGCACUCGGAGUAACACGAAUCGCAGGAUUUAUGUGGAAUUUCAUAGACACAUUUGCCAAGAAACUUGGGGCCAGCUUGAGCGUGGUCCAACCGACAUGGCGGCCCGGAAGAAAUUUGGGUGAAGCGUAUAUGUUGGAAUUCACAAAAAAUGGAAGCGUGGACAUCGGAUUGAUCACUGUACAGGUGGUGGAAAGGUCUCGAAAUGGGUAUUAUCAAUACUCAUAUCCGAUCGUUUAUGGAAGUUGGUGUAUCAUGUUGCCCCUGGAGCGUCCCAUUGAGGUGCGCGCAGUGUAUGAACGGAUUCUGGAGGCCAAGGCGCUGGCCCUGCUGCUGAUCAGUUUCGGCUGUUACUACUUAACUUUCUUGCUGGAAGUUGUCCCUUUACCGACCUGGAUUCGUCACUGCCGUCGUUGUCUGCACCUUACGCCCAGGUUACUGACUCUAUUACUUAUAUGUGCCUGUCAGGCUCAGCUGUUUUCGCUGAUGAUAAUGUGUCCCGAGGAAACCCCCAUUGACAGCUUUGAUGCCUUGCUUGCAUCGGACCUACGCAUCUUUGGCUUACGUUCCGAGUUUGAUAGCUUGGAUGGGGACUUUCGAGCCAGAUAUGCAGCAGCAUUCAGGCUGACCAACAACGUAAGCGAGCUUUUUAAACUGCGAAACAGCUUCAACACCAGCUGGGCAUAUACAAUCACGACAAUCAAAUGGGUCAUAAUGGAUGCGCAACAAAAUUAUUUCCAAAGUCCGCUCUUUCGCUACUCAGAGCUGUGUUUGGCUCACAAUACUCCAUAUAGCAUCCUCUUGUCCGAUGAGUCUAUAUAUCAUAAAACGCUGAAGCUAUUUACAAUGAGGACACAAGAAUCGGGCCUUCUUUUGCAUUGGAUGAGACAAAGUUUUAUUGACAUGGUAAAAGCGGAUCGCAUGCAGCUCAAGGACUACAGUAAUCCCAACCAGGUCCAACAGCUACGACUACAGGACUUUCAGAUUGCCUGGCUUUCCUAUGGUGGCGGGUUAUGCUUAGCGGUUAUUGUGUUUGCAGUCGAGCUGCUGCGAUUCUAUGUCAACGUGUGCUUGGAUAGCUUAUAA